GAUUGCCCAGGCCUUGUGGAAACAUGCUGAAGGGAGAGAUGAUGAUGAUGUCAUGAGUUUCCAGUUCCUCAUUAGGAUUAGUCAGCAAUGAAGAGUGAGAGACAGAGAGAAAGAGAGGAAUGAAGGGAGGAGCUGAAGGUAAAGAGAGAGAGAGAGGCGGUGCUCAACACUAUCAGCUCUGCUAUAAGCAACAGCAGAUAAAUCUGUGACUAAAGCCGUGACCUCACAGCACUGCUGAUUGCACGCUAGAAACUUCUGCUAGCACAUGAGGUGGAGUAAUCGCUUGUAAUUUGCACAGGCUUCUUUACAGACUUUUUUUUUUUCGUUCUACUGAAACUGAAUUAUGCAUCUUAAGACUACAAAGUGCAACAGCUACUGCCUGGUGGCCACACUGGUGGACCAUGAGAUAUUCUGUCAGCCACAGAUUCGGGAGCAGUUUGAGGCUUUGUUCCGUGAGUUUGAUCCAAGCACGUCCUUCCAGUUCUUUAAAAGCUUCAGACGGGUUCGGAUCAACUUCACCAAUGCCCUGGCAGCAGCCGAGGCCAGAGUCAAACUCCAUAAGAGCGACUUCAAUGGAAAGGAGAUGCGUCUGUAUUUUGCUCAGGUGGUACAUAUUGGCAGUCCUCGCCUUGAGCCUCCUAAACCAGAGAAGCAGUUCCUAAUUUCUCCUCCGGCAUCACCACCUGUUGGCUGGGCACAGUCGCAGGAUGCUAUGCCAGUCGUCAACUAUGACCUACUGUGUGCCGUGACUAAACUAGGGCCAGGAGAGCAGUAUGAGCUCCACACUGGAACCACCAACACACCCAGUGUGAUCGUACACGUGUGUGAGGACGACAGCUCAGACGGCGAAGAUGAAACUGCAGAGGGCAGCAAACGCAUGCGUCCCAAGAUCAUCCAGACCCGUCGCCCAGACUAUGUCCCAUCAGUGAACCAGUGAGCAAAUAAUUCUGGGCUGUUUAUUCUUUGCGACCAACACUGGAAUUACUAGGACACAUGCAGUAAUGCAGGUCGUCAUCCUCACCACCGGGGAGAUCGGCGAGCAUCAAAUCCUCUUCCUAGUUAGUGAGGGAGUCGACCAUCCUCAGAAUCUCAUGUUGUAUUUCUUAACAUCCAUCUCUGAUGGAGUCAGAGACUUUGAGGUCUUGGGAGAGUUUUUCUCGAUUUACGAAUGUCAUUAUUUGCUUGACGUCACAACUGUGUAUUUUAAUAAUCCAAGAGAAAGCUACAGAAAAAUCUGUUUUACAGAAGGAGUUUUUGUCUGAAGUUUGUAUCAUUCAGGGCCACUAAUAUGUACUCAUUAUCGUCAUUAUCAUGUAAUGUCUCUACGUGCUCCUCCAAGUAUUGUGCACUUUAAAAAUAGAGCCUUAUAAUGUGGUAAACUGACAACAACAUGAAGUACUUGUCUUUGUAUAUAGAGCGCAACUGCAACUGAUGAUUUUUUCCAUCUUGAUAACGCAAGUAUUUUUCCCAUUCAUUUUCUCUAUCAUUCACAACGUUUAUUGAUGCAAAAAAAGUAUUUAAAUAUUGUUUCAAAAGACACUUGUACUAAACUAUGUACUUUAAUUCUGUUAAACUAAUUAAUCCAUGAAUCUUUGUGAAUGACAUAAAUUUGUUAAAUGUUAAAAUGACAAAAUUGACUAUAUUUCAUUUCAUUUUAUGUAUGAAUAAAGUAAAAAUAUUGACUAUACAUUGCAAAAAACAUUUCACUCAUAAAUUCCUAGUAAAUUUCUCAAUUAAAAAUAAACGUUAUAUAAUUUAUUAAACAUGGCAUUCUGAAGUAAAAAAAAAAAAUAGAAAAAAGAUUUUACAUUGAAAUAAAUCAUUGGCUGUAUUUAUAAAUAAAAUCAAGUAAAAUAAAAUAUUGAAUAUAAAUUAUUGGCUCUAUGUAUAAAUAAAAUAAAAAUAUUUGCAAAUAUUUGCUGGGGGAAAAUGCACUCAGAAAUUGCAAAAUCACAAAUUACAGACAUGCAAAAAAAAAUUAUUAAAACAAUUAUUAACGUGAAAUUUUGUAGUAGAAAAUUAAAGCAGAUUUCAGAAGUCACCUGCAGUGCAUCAUGGGAAUGAGUGGUCACUUUUAAUCCGUUUCAUUGUGAUUUUCCAUUUCUUUUCCAGUGACUUUAAAUGAUUUUUUGUUCAUCUGGUGUAGGAUUUAGCAAUUAAAUGCGCUCUUUGGCUUGUUAAAUGAACCGCUCUGUUGUGUUCUACUGUCUCUGGAGAUGCUGUCCUUUUUCAUUACUGUAGGAGACCUUCUACUGUCAACCAGUGAUUUUAAGCAAUUAUAAUCAUACCGUGUAUAUUUUAUGUUUUUGAAUGUAGGCAAUAUCUUGAAAAAGCUUGAGGAUUUCUAUCAACAUCAACCACAACAUGUCUUAUUCAUUAAGUAACAAGAAUAGUGAAAGAGGAAACAUUAACCUACCUUUAAUAAAACUAUCUUGACCAAAGAA